AUUUGUUCAGUUGCCUGUGUUUUGUUCUGGUUGAUUGCAAUCCCUAUGGAUUUGAAAUUAUGUCGACGUACAAAUACGGAUCAUUGAAUUUAUGGUGGGAACAAAAAGAACUGCAGUGUUCCAAAGCCAAAUGGAUCGGAGUGUACCCCUCAGAAAUGUCAAUUUACUUUGUCGAAAAAUUGCCACUGACUCCCAACGACACUAAAAAAUUAGACGCGUUAGAAAAACGCUCUUACUACGACGAGGAUGAAAAACGUGAGCUUAAAUUAAUGCGACAAGGUAAAAUAGAAAUAGAAGCCAUUGCAGGUAAUGAUUUUAUUUCCAUUAAUUAUCUUACUUCUGUUUACAUACCAAUUAAAAUUCAGCGCUUCACUCAGAAUGAUUAAUUUUAUUAACUUUAUUAUUUGCUGUUUAA